UCAGAAAUCACAGUUCCACUGCUACACAAACAGAUAGUUUCCUAGCAUAAUAGGCAAGGGCUAACUAUAACAUUCAGGUACCUUAUACUCUCAUACUAGUUGAGUAUCAUCCUCACGUUGAUGUCACAUGAUUCCAAAUAAAGAUGAUUCUACUUCUCUAUUAUUAUUAUAGCACACUUACUCUGCAGCCACCACGGCCCGUACGACAGACACCACAAGGAACGCCACGAAUAUUCCGGCCAGGACCGCGAAACUGUUGACCUCGGCGUUGCACGCGUCCGAGUGGCCGUACUCGAAGCGCCCGCUCUCCUGACCGGAGAAAAGGAUGCAGACGAGGGCGGAACUGUUCGAGCGAUCGGGAUAGUCGGCCAACUGCACAGAGGAAACAACAGAGACAAGCAACAUAUGCAGCAUGCACUAGCUAUGCUUCGACAAGCUAGCUACGUACCUACGUAUGUUGAGACCUACUUUGUUGUGCAGGUUUGCAAGGCUGCCGACCACUACCAGAGAGAGGAUCACCAGAAUGAAGAAGAUGAACGCAAGGGUGACAUUGACGCCGCGUCCGGCCGUGACUCCGGCGCGCAACCCGCGCUUUGUCGACGAGGUUUCCAGCACUUUCUUCAUCUCCUCAGAUCUGCAGAAAACGCCCAGCACUGUCACUGCGCAUCUCGUGCCCCGCCCACAAUAUUCCUGCAAAGCGCACGUGACGACCACGCGAUAAAAGUGAAGCGGAUAAAGAAAAGCCAAGGGGCGAACCAGAGAAAACCUAUUCAUCUUUCGUUGUCAAACUGCAACCAAUCUUGUGUCUGAUUGAGUGAUCAUCGGCAAAAGAGACUAUGAGUGUUCCUCGUGUGAUCGUCCGCAACUUGGACAGGAGUGGGGUGAGGGAAGGCGACAAGGAAGAGAUCAGGGAAAGGUGUCGCGAGUACGGGCCCAUCACCAACGUGUGGAUGGCUGACGAUCCUCCGGGCUUCGCCUACGUAUUUUUCGAGUCGUUCAAAGAGGCCAUCAAGGCCGUGGAGGAGCUCAACGGUACGCGAUUGUGCGGGCGACGCGUGGACGUAGAGCUUUCUCCGAGCGAGGACAAGCGUAAGAACAGGGGUGGAUGGGCAAGUAGGGGAGCAGGGGGAGGGUAUGGAGGCGGUGGGGGUGACAGGGGGAAUGACAGGGGAGGAGGGUUCAGAGAUAACUAUAGACCGAGAGGCAGAGGGGGAGGAGGAGGGUUUCACUCCUAUGACAGAGACUCAAGAGACAAUCGUGGUGGAGGAGGAGGUGGUAGUGGUGGAGGUAGUGGGGGUGGGAGAGACUACGACAAUCGCGGACAGCGCUUUGACAACCGAGACAACUAUGGAGGAGGGGGAGGGGGUUGGAGGGGAGGGAGGGGAGGCGGGUACAACAGCUUCCGAGGAGGGGGCAGAGGGUACAGAGGUCGGGGUGGGUACCAAAACAAGUGGGGUGGAAGAGGAGGCUACAAUCGUGAUGACGGGGGGUACAGAGGUCGCGGGGGUUUCAACAGAGACAGGAACACGGGAGACGGCUACUCAAACCGAGGCGGCGGAGGUCGGUUCUAUCACGGAGGAGGGGGUAGGGGGAGAGGAGGAGGCGGGGGGUACUACGAACGUGAUUCGUACGACCGGCACAGCAGGAGAGACGACAACUUCUCAGACGAAGAAGGAGGGUCUCGAACCAAAGACUAUGAGUACCGUGAGAGCCGCAGUGGAGGCUACGGCGGAGGAGAGCACAAGUCCCAGGAACACAGCCGGGCAAAGAAAUACUCCUCUUCACCCGAGUACGUCAAGGAGGAAGUCCGAUCGUCAAAGUAUAGGAAACGGAGCGAGGGGGACGAGUACCAGCACCACUCUGGCUCGGAGUACCACCACGGAGCGUCUCACCCGGAGUCCUCCAGCAAGUGGGACUCCUCUCCCUACAGACAUCAGGGAGGGUCCCCUGAUGGUAGCUACAACCGAUCUCGGUCUCGCAGUAGAAGCCCAUACACUGCCGCCGCAGACUACUACUCCCCACCACACGACCACUACCGCAGCAGUUCCUCCAGGAAAACACUGGGUAAAAGAAGUGGGAGCUACGAACACCUUGACCAGUACCCCGCGGUGCAAGAUACGUAUUCUUCCAACCGUCCGUACGAACGUCGGGCAGACUACAGCCCCGAGCCAGCUGAGCCCCAGUACGCAGAGUACCGCGAGAGAGACCGCAUGGUAAAGUAUGGGGGAAUCUGGCCGAGGGUUCCCGCGGUGGGUCUCGCCACUACAAGUCCUCAAAGAGGUCGGGCUCCGAGGAACCGAUGGAACACAAAGUCCGCGAGGUCGAGAGCAGCGGCAGCAGUGGAGGUCGCUACAUGGCUCUGGAUGAGAAAGAUGUCCACAGCCGAAGCCGUGAUCGGGCCCCCCACCCCCGGGCCUAUGCAGUCCCGCGAGAGCCGGGCGAGCGAGAGCACAGGAGGGCUUCCCCGCCGUCUCGGCAUGCCAGCUCCCCGCCCUCCCACUCCCACUCCAAGAGUGGAAGAUUGAAUGAGCAACUUCCAAAUAGAGCACAUCAACUAAAUGCAAAGAGGAAAAUGUUGUGUACUACGUGAACUAGUAGAGUAAUGCAAAAGGAAAGUUAUUCUCAAUGAGUGACUUUCAAUUCUAGCCCUGCAAAUAUGCACACACAAGAAUAUUAUCAUGGCAGUGUUUGAAGGGUAGUGUCCCUUCCCAAGUGCAAGUGAAGUGUGUGUUAGCCCUUCAAUGUGUCGCACUUCUUGUAAAGUGGAAAAACUGUGUGUACAUCAAGCAAUUUAGCACACAAAGGAAAAACUAAGUCGUCCAAAUGAAAGCCAAAAGUGCGUACAAAUUUUCAAGCAGGAAUGAAGCAAGAGGAGUUGUUGCCCAGUCAGGUAUAAUCAAAUGGGACGAAUACCGUAAUAGAAUGCACCAGCAAAGUCAAAGUGUCUUGAGCAAAGAAAUGUCUGUUCGUCUAAUUCUCGCCACGAAGCACACCUUGCAACAGCAGGGAAAGAAAUGGUGGUAUCUUCUCUCCUCUCUAUCCAUCUUUCUGUCUCUGUUAUAGUGUCUCUCUUUUCCCCCUCUCUACCUCUACCACACACGACAGGUCUCAGACUAUCUCCCCCUCCCCCUCACCACCUCCUGCCAUCAUCAGGUCACCCCUACGUAAAUGAUGAGCACCUACUACCUUGAGGUGAGCCACACACUCUCUCUAGUUUUAGUUUUGCAUUUCUACUCCAUGACAGAUGAUGCAGGAGUCCGCUCU